GUGGACACACGUUCGCAGUCCAAAUAUAAAUAAAACCACGUGACUGACGCCUGUCGCGUGCGCACUAGCCCUAAUAAACGGCUGCAAAUGUGCGAUAAGCUUUAUAAAAGCGAUUGAUAGCUUUCGGAAUGUACCUAGCGUCCGGAUACGCGUACUGACAACGUUCUUUUUUUGAACGCUCGGAUAUUGUCGCAGUUGUUUUUGUUUUUAAUUUAAUUUGAAGUGUUCGUUUAAUCGGCGUGGAAUUAGUUUUUUUUUUUAACCAUAAACAUUCGAUAUUAUGAUGAAUUGUUAUGUAAUUUGACUUUUUUUUACUUUAAGUAUAGGUAUUUUUUGUGAUAAUGUGAAGGAAUAGUGAUUUUGAUUGCGUAAUGGACUUUUUAGGGACUAUGAAUACGGUGGCGUUGUUCGUUUUUGGCAUCCUGGUGUUGCCCGGGCCUUGUAUCAACUCGGACAAUCUAGAGUUGCUGGCUGGUACACUAAGAACGAGACAGCGAGCAGCGUGUGAUGACGAGAUAGUCUCCUUGUCAUGUCCAAUAGGAACCUACAUCAGUAUUCAAGUGGCCAAGUAUGGGAACAUGCCUGAGGGCCAUGGCUGUGUGGCUGGGGCGGUUCCAUUACUAAACAUGGACCAAGAGGGAGAAAAGGAGUGUUUGAGACCAAAUACUAUGCAGUAUUCACUUCUACAAACUGUCGUGGAAGCCUGUCAAAAGAAGCCCCAGUGUGAAUUCAGCACGAAAACCAAGCCGGGCAUAAUCGAUCCCUGCCCUCAAGUCGGGAAGAUAGUCGAAGUGGCUUACAAAUGUCGACCACAUGAAUUUCACAGUCGCACAGUAUGCGAAGGUGAAACCGUCGAGUUCUCCUGCAACCCUAACUCCAGGCUGGUGAUCUACGACGCGCAGUAUGGCCGGAUUGCGCACCAGUCGCCCAUAGUUUGUGCACUGCCGCCCGGAGCUGUGGAUGACACAUGCUCAGCACCAUACGCGCUAAAGACAACGAUGCAGAUUUGCCACGGCAAGCAGCAGUGCCAAAUUGUGGCGGACAGCAAGACCUUCGGAUCUCCCUGUAGACCAGACACCAGGGCCUAUCUAAGAGUCCUGCACACUUGUGUUCCUCUUGGGGUCCUCACAGACAGGUACGAAAACGCUUCUGAAGAGGAUAAGGUGACGAAUCGCUAUGAUGUAAAUAAAGCUGGGGAACAUUUCGACCCUCCAGACAUUGUCGUGAAAUGGAACAAGCCUACGAAAACUGAUAUAAUUCCACAAACCACGAUCAUACAUUCCACGAGCAAUCUGAAUGGGCUAAAGUAUAAAGAUUCGUCAACAAAAUCAUCAAAUCUGAAAUUUCUAAUCUACAUAAGCAUAGCGACCAUAAUUGUUAUCAUAUUAGCAGCAAUCUUCGUCGGGGUGCGAUACUACAAAAAGAAAAAGAGAUCAAGCAGCUCCAAAAACGGUGACAUGUUUACUACAGAAGCUCCAAACGUUUUUAACGAUGCAGCAUCAGAUUUAGACAACGAUGUAGAUGUCAGUCAUAUAUCUGGAACUUUCUAUGAUCCAGUGCAUCCAGAUAUGAUUCUAUAUAGAGAUGGGGUGAACAAAGCAACGCUGAGGGCAAUGAGGCCUUUGAAUACUAUAUAUCCAUGUGCUGGAGCUAGUAUGUACGGUAAUGUAGAUUACAUACCGACUCAUUCAAGAGAUGCAAGCACCAGAUUUGGUAAUAAAGAACCUGAUUCAGACAUAAUGAUGAGUCCAAAGAGCUUGAGUGGUUAUACAAACUCACAGUUCUACUACGGGUGACAACAAGAGCAAAGAGGUGAUGAAGCCUCUAGGAACUAUUGCUUUUAACUGGACAUUUUGACGAUUAUAUUACAUACAUAAAAUUCGAUGCUUAUAAAGCCAAAGAAUAUCUAUUAUACUUAUAAAGAAAUGUUAUCACUUGUAAUAAUUGUACGAACAGUAUAAAAAGCACUGAUAUAAAAUGCAAACAAUUUGGUUACAAUAGUUAUUAUAACCUUCAUUUUUUUACUUUAUUUAUUUUCUACUUUGAAAAGUUAUAAAUAGUGAAUAAUAUCAAGUAUUAAACCAGAUGUUUUAUCCAGUACU